AUGGAAGAUCGGAAAAAUUUCCGCGAGUUGCCCACCGAGCCCUACGGCAUUUUCUGGCAAGAAGACUUUGUCAAUGCCGAACACGAGCAACGACUCAUCUCGUUGUUUGCCAACGAGCUAGAAUGGCCCGACCGCCCUGGCCGGAUAUCACUCCACUACGGCUACACCUUCGACUAUAAAACUUUCGGGAUAGACCCGGAGAUUCCAUACAAGGAAUUCCCAGAAUGGCUCAAGCCUCUCAUCCCAAAAACCGAGGAGCGACCUCCAGACCAGGUCUGUCUGCAGUACUAUCCUCCAGGGGCGGGCAUCCCGCCCCAUGUAGAUGCACACGGACCGUAUGACCAGCUCUACGCGUUAUCUCUUGGUGCGCCGGCGGUGAUGAUAUUUCGCCGGGGCGAGGAACGCAUCGAGGUCGACUUGACCCCGCGGAGCAUGAUGCAGAUGAGCGGCGACUCGAGGCUGCAUUGGACGCAUGGUAUUAGGAAGCGGAAGAAUGAUCCCCUCCCGGAUGGGACGAUGAGACCGCGCGGGAAACGGUGGAGUAUCACUUAUCGGUGGCUCAGGGAUGGGGAAUGUGAAUGUGGGAAUCUGGAACUGUGUGACACGGCUCAGCGACGGAAUGGGAUUGAAAAAGAGAAGAGAUCGUUAAAGGCAUUGGCAGAGCAGGCUGCGCUCGAGGGACUGGCUGUAUAG